AUGACCUGGGCGGAACACUUGCCUCUAACCUACUCGACCUCUACCCUGUCGCAGUUCUCGUACCACUUACACAGAUCUAAUGACGGAGCUGAGAAAGGUGUAUUUCACACGAGCAGCAAGAGCGUCUACGAGCGCUCCCAGAUCCACAUGUACGUGGUCCUCACACGCAAGAUCAUGUUCUACAUGAUGCAGAUCUACAUUCCGUCGAUGCUGUUCGUGGUGGUGUCGUGGAUCUCAUUCCUGAUCCCGGCGGAGAUGGCGCAGGGUCGCAUGCUGCUCACCAUCACCACCAUGCUCACCAUGGUGUCGCUGUUUGCUGCCGGCAGUGAGUACGUACCUAAGGCCAGCUACGUUAAGGCAAUAGAUGUGUGGAUGUGCCUGUGCACUUUCCUCUCUUUCUUCGCGGUGGUCGACUGCCUGGCGGACGUGCGGCUGGAGAGCAUGCUGUCCGGCGAGAGCCGGCGGAAGGCGACCGACACGUUCGUGCUGACCGGCCAGGCGCGCCGCCAGACAGUGGUGGAGAUCUUCAUGAAGUACGCGCGGGCAGGAGGCGCUCCGGCGCAGGGCGAGGACCCCGGCGAGCGGGACGAGCAAAUCGCGAGUGCGAACACGUUGACAGAAAUGCUGGUGAAGUGGUUUUUCAAGGCACACCGGGCAUCCGUCAUUGUGUACCCGGUAGUGUUUAUCCUGUUCAAUAUUGUGUACUGGGUGGUGUGCCUCGGAACCUUGGAGGAACUGGACUUGGGUGCACGAGGUGUUCCAGUUUAA